CAGCUAUUCCACACAGCUGCACACAUCACAUUUGUUCCAUCAAAAUAGACGCGAUAGCGACACACGACAAGCAGGAGGCCAUCAGUAUUAAUUAUUGCUUGGCUGUGCAAUUGAAAGCUUCAACAUCAGGCGCCAGCUUCUACCCGAGCCAAAGUCAACAAAGCGUCUAUCUAGUUUAGGGGCUGUGGUGUCCCUCGAUCCAAAAAUGAGCUACAAUAACAACUAUGGCGGUGGGUCAAACCCAUAUGACCAGCGGGAUACCCAACCAUCGGGCGGCGGUUACAACGGUGGAGGAUACAGAGGAAACAACCGCUACGGAGGAGCUGUAGGCCGUGACAGCUAUGGUGGCCAAAACGUCGAACUGGAGCCCUUGGCCCAGAACGGCCAGCAAUUCGGCCUUCAACAAGACCCCAACGCCAUCCUCAACGAGUGCCGCGAGAUCGACAAAGGCAUCGACGCCAUCGAGCGCAACCUCGAAACCAUCCGCAUGCUCCAGCAGCGCGCGCUCGACGACCCGGACUCCAGCCAGCAGAGCGCGACCAACAGCCAGCUGGACGCCAUGAGCUCCGAGACAAUGACCAUGUACCGCAGCCUCGCGGCGCGCAUCAAGUCGAUCAAGCAGCAGCCCGAGUCCGGGAGUCCCAAGAACGCGCCGCAGCUCGGCAAGGUGGACCGCAAGCUCAAGGCCGCCAUCAACCAUUACCAGAACGUCGAGAGCGACUUCCGCAAGAAGCUGCAGGCGCAGAUGGCAAGGCAGUAUAAGAUUGUCAGACCUGAUGCGUCGGAGGCUGAGGUGCGCGAGGCGGUCGAGGAUACGUCUAACCAGCAGGUGUUCAGCCAGGCCCUGCUCCAGAGCGAUCGCCGCGGACAGUCGCGCCAGGCGCUCAGCAACGUGCAGAACCGCCACGCGGCGAUCCAGAAGAUCGAGUCGCAGAUGAUUGAGCUGGCGCAGCUGUUCCAGGAUAUGGAGGCGCUGGUGGUGCAGCAGGAGGACUCGGUCACAAUGAUUGAGCAGAAGGGCGAGGAGGUGCAGGAGAACCUCGAUAAGGGGACUGAGCACAUCGGGACGGCUAUCAAGACUGCCCGCUCGCGCAACCGCAAGAAGUGGUACUGCUUGGGUAUUGUUCUCAUCAUCAUCAUCAUCAUCGUCGUCGCCGUCGUCGUCGUCAAGCUCGUCAACCAGGCCCCCAAAUCGAACAACAACGCCGCCAAGCGCGACAUCAUGUACAACAUCCACGGCCACCUUGCCCCCCGUCCCGGCACAGGAGGUGUAUCCAUUGAAUCCGUCAUCGCAUCCCUCUCGAAAGAAACAAUCGACAAAGUCGCCAAUGCUGCUGAGAAGAGGGGUCUGCCGUGGAUUGGUUGAACACCCCAGCACACGGUGUGAACGGACGAUACUGUACAGCGCGUUUGAUUCCCGGCCCCCUCGCGCUUAUUUUUCGCAUACACGGCGUUAAUUUUUGUUGGACUACUACUCUCUGCUCCCUUUUCUGCUCCUGUCCUGAGGUUGGUGGG